AUGGGCCACCGCGCCAAGACCGAGCCCGAGUCGGAGAGCGUCUCGGGCAAGCUCCAGCCCAACUCGAAGCUCGGGCUCGCGUGCUUGGCCAAGCUCAAGCCGAUCUUCUCCAAGCACGCGCAGCGCGCCAAAGACGUCACGGCGCGUGCGUCGACCGUGCCGACGACGACCACCAUCGCGACGGAGCAGAAGAAUCCGACGCGCCUCCCGACGCACAACGUCAAGCUGGCGACGCUCUCGACGGCCUCGAACGAGUGGAGCGUCGUGGUCGAUGACAUUGCCAAGUUUAUGUAUCCGAGCCUCAACCUCGAAGGCCACGAGACGGACGAGGCGCGGUUGCACGUGUCGCGACUGCAAUGGACGGCCAAGAAACAGACGCAAAAUGCGUCCGAGGCCGACGCGGUCGCCGGGCACGAGCGCCUCACCGACGCCGAGCGGACGCGCUGGGUCUUUGACCGGAAACUCCAAGUCGCCGAGUGCAUGCUCCGGUCGCCCUUGAUGACGAUCGAGCCCGAUGGACCGCCCGAGCCGUCGCCUCUCGAGCGCCGCCACGCGAUCGCCCCAUUUCCCCAGUACCUUGUGCACGACCCCGACGAGCGUGAGAACAGUGGGUCGACCACCGCGCAUUAUGACAUUCAGCGGACCGGCAAGACGCGACGGAAGCUGCGAGCACUCGCGAAGCAGACCACCGAGGCCGGCAAGACCGCGCUCUACUCGGACAAGCACGUCCUUCUCUCCAAGUGGGCCAAGCUCCAAGACAGCCGGAACCACAAGGUCCCAAUACUACUGGAUGGCCGCGUCGUUUUGCCCAAGCCAAGCAGAAAGAAGCUGCCGCCGGGUACCUUUGUCGACAGCGUCACGCCCCGAACUCUCUUCUUCGACGAGUGCGCGAACGAGCAGAUCGUGCCCGAGCCGCUCCUCGCACGCAUCAGUCCGGACCGAGCGCUGGACCUGCGCCACUUUGGCCUCGGCGAUACCAAAGCCAUUGCGCUCGCCAAGAGCUUGGCCUCGCUGCCGUCGAUUUAUGCUCUCAACCUCGCCGACAAUCGGCUCACCCAAGCCGCGGUCUCGGUCAUUCUCCAGCUCCUCCACGGACGCAAGGAACUUCGCCAACUCAAUUUGAGCGAAAACGAGAUUGGCAAAGAAGGGGGCGUGCACAUGGCCGACUUUCUCUUUGCCGCGUCGAGUUUAACCGACUUGGACUUGUCGAAAACGCGUCUAUUGGAUGCGAUCGACGCGCUCGCCAUUGAAAUCGCGAUUCACCCGUCGCUGUUCAUCGUCAACCUCUCUGGGAACGAGAUUGGCGAGGCCGGUGGCAUCCUCCUCGGCGAAACACUGGCUGCGACCACGUGCACGAUCCAAGAUCUGGACUUGUCUUGGAACCAAAUCUGCCUCGAGGGCGCGACGCGCAUCGGGCGAGCUCUCGAGUCCAACACAUCGAUUCACACUCUCAACCUCUCGAUGAACCGGUUUGGCGACCCGGGUGGCCACGCAAUUGCAUCAGCGCUGCUGCACAACACGACGCUUCGCACCCUCGACCUCUCGCGCAACAACCUCACGGGCCGCGCCGCCGUGACGCUCAGCUACGCCGUGCAGCACAACACGACGCUGACGCGCCUCGGGCUUCUCAACAACGACCUCGGCGGCACCGGCACCAAGGCGCUCCUGCACGCGGUGGCGUCUGGCAUCGCCUGCGACAUUGGCCUGUCGUUUCGCGACAGCAACGACUCGGAUGUGUUUGACGCGAUGCUACCCUCGGCGCAGUCCCCGUACAGCUUGGACCUCAAGCAGUCGCCGUACCAUUACGUCAUUGCGUGCGAGCUCGUGACCGCGGCCGCCCGCGCGCGCUGCGAGCUCUACGACGUGUGGUUCUCGCCCGACGGCGGCAAGACCAAAGUGGAGCUUGAAUUUGACGCAGCGAGAAAGGCCCUUGUGAGUAAAGGCGGCGGCAGCGUGUUUGACAUCUCGCCCAAGCAAGGCCUGCUGCACGUCGCAGCGCGCUUUGUACCGCCGACGAUCGGCGUGAGCGCGGACGUGACGACCGACGGCCUCACCAACGUCGUCAAGGUCAUCAAGGACCGCAUCUCGACGCGAGAAAUGUGCGCGAUGCUCGAGAUUGCGACGUUUGAUAUGUUUUUGAGCCUCGCGCAUCUCGAGCUCAUCGUGACGCAGCUCCAGAGCGCGCUCGAUGUCGUCGAAAUCCUCGCGCGGAGCUUGCACACGGUCGUGGACGGGUGCGGCAUUCUGUCGUUCCUGCUCGCGCAUCUGAGCUUCCAGAACAUGAACCGCCUCCUCGCGUCGCAUGGCGUCCUUGUGCUGCAGUUCAAUCCGGACAACCCGACGGGACGCUACACGCUCGACUUGGCCAACCGCGUGCACCGCAAGCUCGCGCUCUGGUUCGCGAUGCUCAACCGCGCCGAGGCCAGUCGCAGCAUGCGCGCCUGCCCGCGCUUGCGUGGCAACACGAGCCAGCGCGGCACCUUUGGCAACUUUCGCAACGAAAAGUUCAACGGCCACGCGCUCGAGGCAACGAUUGCGUUUGGCACGCUCGAGUUUGACUAUGUCUCGACGACGCGCCCCGAAGAUGCGCAAGAGACCGUCGUCGUCCUCGACGAGAGUGCGGUGUACGGGAUGCUCCAGCGCAUUCACGCCGAGCUCUCGUCCGACUAUGUGCCAUCGCACAAGCGCCUCGACAUGAAGCGCCAAGUGCUUCUACUGCAGCAUGCGCUCGCCGGUACCUUUGUCAAGACGACGCACGUGCGCAUGAUCAUGCAGUACUUUCCGCCGACCGUCGACGGCCUUCGGCUCAAGGUCGUCUUGGCCGCGCACCGGUACAUUUUCGAUAUGGAGAACUUUGACGUGGUGUACGAGAAGCUCCUUCCUGCGGACCGCAAGCAGAUGUUUACCGCCCUCGGAUACCUCAACACACUCAACCCGCUCAACGUGGAUAUGGACUUCGACUUGGGCAUGACCGAAUGGGACAAUCGGGUACUGGUGCGAACGCUCGUCGAGAUGAUUUCCAACGACCCGCUGGACUUGAUCAAGCUCGACGACGCCAGCAUCAAGCUCGGGCUCAGCAUCUACUCCAUGUUCACGUCCUCGAGCAUUCCGACGACGGGGCGCAUGGGUCUGCGCUUCAUCUCGCGGCCCAACAAGUCGCACGCUGAGCUCGUGGCGCUGCGCCAGUCGACGUUCCACGCGUUUCUGUUCGCGUCUCGGCUGCGACUGGCGCACCCAAAGGUCGACGACGUAGUAGGAGCGCCCGUACUGUGAAUGAAAAAAAGUUACCGACGUCCACUAGUCUGUCCUAAGCACAACUUGUGCGUCUAUUCUUG